AUGAAGAGGAAGAAAGUGGUGGAAUUAGGUGCUGGGACAGGUAUUGUUGGCAUCACAGCUGCUGCCUUAGGUGGAAAUGUUGCUCUAACAGAUUUACCACAGUCUGUUUCUCUGCUGCAAUUAAAUAUCACCACUAAUAAAAAGCUAAUGAAAGGCAACAUAGAGGCAAAGGCUGCAAGCAAGUCUAGUAACUUAAUAUCUGUUCAGUCUAUAGAACCUCUUGUAGAGACGAUUUGCAAUAUAAGCAACCGAGACACGAAAGUCCUCAUGUCGUUUGAAGAAAGAACAACAGACAACAAACCAGUAUUACAGAAACGGUUUUUUGAUCUAAUUGAAAAAGAAUUUGAAAUUGGGAAGAUUGGAUUAGACCGGCAAGAUGAAGUUUAUAGAAGUGACGAUAUUCAUAUAAUCAUGAUGACAAAACGAUGA